CUAUCCAUCCUCUCCUCCUCCCCGAUCUGCCCCGCCCCGCUUCGUCCCGAUCUGUUCCUUCCUCUCCUCCCCGAUCCGCCCCCUGCAUCCCCUUCCUACUACCGCGGUCCCGAUCCGCCGCCGCCACCGCCACCGCCGCCGCUAGGAGUAGCAGAUGGCUAGGGGGAAAGACCGCGGCGCACCGCUGGGUGGUGGUGGUGUCGGCCCUCCACCGACGGCUGCCUCCUCAGCCCUUCCUCGGAGGGUUACGCGUGCUUCUGCGUCCCUCGCCGCCGGGAACCUGAGGCCCGCUGAGGCCACCGCCGGGAAGCAGAGACUUCCCGGAUCCGCCGCUGCCGCCACCGUCGGGAAACAUACCGACCUGAAAGUCGGCGCCGCCCCUGUCUCCGCCUCCGCCUCCUCAGGCCUCUCAAAGGAAGAGGAAUGUUUUGUGAACAAUUUUAUAUAUCUGAUGAACCGCAAACCAAGUGAAUUGUAUAAGCUUUAUGCUGAUGAUGCUGAACUGAAUUGGAAUUUCGAUGGCCGUCGAAUUGAACUGAAAACGAAUGAGACUAUCAGGAAGUUUCUAUCCGAUGCAGCCCCCCAGAGGCAAUUUGGUGCUGUAGAUUGUAAAGUGCAGUCAGUUGUCACUCUCAGCUCUUCUUUACUGACUGUCUAUGGAAUUUGCGACGCGCUUGAUUGUAAGCCUCGAAUUUUUGUUCAAACGUUUCUACUUCGGCGCCCGGAUUUGUUGAUCUUGAAUGAUGCACUGACUGUCCUCUUGUUAUGUGUACCAGAAAGUGACAUUUCUAAAAAGCCCCAGCGUCAUAUAUCAAACAACCGUUGUGGUGUUUGCAACAACGAAUGGCAUAGCAGUGACCCUAAAAGCUGGGUCCAAUGCAGCAAUUGCUUGACAUGGCUUCACAUUGAGUGUGACCCCGUGUGCUGUGAUGAUGUGGAGAUUUUGGAAAAAUUAAAUUAUUUGUGCCCAUUCUGUAUGUCUCAGUUUCAAAGCAUAUUGGCAGUACAACACACUUCAACUGGAAAUUUUUCUGAACCCAUACCAGUGUCCUGUUUAGCCAAGCAUGGAGUGUAUAUGCCAGAAAAAAACAAGGUAUUAUGUCACUGCAAUGAUUGCUCGGAAGAAGCUAAGCUUAGGUCAAUGACAGCAUGAGAGAGACACUGCGGCUCAGA